GAGGGAGGAGUCGUGUCGCUCACGGUGAAGGAGGCCGAGGCCAUUCUGAAGGCCAGCAGGGAGGCCACGGCCCCGGCGGCACUUGGCAGCUUCAGCCUGCUGAAGGCAGGGUUGGGGGCCAUGCCGAACGUGCUGCUCGAAAAGAAAGUCCAAAGCUUCUUCGACGAUCCUGAGACCGGGCUCAUCCGAGUCAAGGACGUGCUGCUUCCAGAGAAGCUCAGCGCGAUCUUGCGGCCAUACCAGGCGACGGGCUACCACUGGUUGGUCAACAAUGCCAGGAACGGGCUCGGAUGUAUCCUCGCGGAUGACAUGGGCUUGGGAAAGACUGUCCAG